GUUGACGGGGCAGUUAAUGCACGGCAGGAAAGCAGUCAACAUCAGUAGGCUCCAGGAGCAUAAGAUUUGUUUUGCAUUGAUUGCUGAAGAAGUGCAGCAAAAACAGCAAUGAUCUUACGAUGUAUUCCGUGGCUAUUGUACGGCAUGGCUGUGACUCCGUCCUGCGAGGUGCCCUCUGCACUGGACCUGAAGCUGAUGAAGGAGGUGACUGUCAACCUCGGCGAGAACCACGCCAUCUCUCCGUUCGUCAUGUCCACCCUGAUGUCUCAGGUCUGGCUGGCCACCAACGGCUCCACAAGGGAUGAGAUAACGCCUGUGUUGGGCGUGACUCAGCCGGCGCCUCUGUCGUUCCUCACCGCCUACAAGUCUGCCAUCAGCUACCUGUCGAGCUCCUCCGCAUCCAGCCAGCUCACCACCUCCGUCUUCAACCGGAUGUACGUCAGGAGCGGCUUCAGCGUGAGGCCUACCUUCACCAACUACCUGACCGCCUACUACGGAAACACCGUGGGCACCUUCUCCACACCGGCACAAGGUGUGACGCUCAUCAACGGAGAUGUCGCGGCGGCCACUGAAGAUCGCAUACAAGACCUCGUACAAACCAGUCAUCUGCGAUUCGCAGAAGUGGUUCUGGUUAGCGCGAUGUAUUUCAAAGGUGUUUGGAAGCAGACCUUUCCUCCUGCCGCGCCUGGUACGUUUCUGACGGGGAAUGGAGAGAAGCAGGUUAACAUGAUGAAACUAAAUCUGACCGAGUUACAGUAUGCAAAUAUGGGUACAUACGAUGUUGUGGCUCUUCCGUAUACGGAUGAGGAUUAUUGUAUGCUUUUGAUUAGACCUUUGGAGCGUAGCAUGUCGGCAGCAACUGCGCUACGAAACUCCCUGGGCACCCUGAGCGUAAACAGUAUUGUUCAGCAAUUGGUCGGGCAGCCAGUCUAUGUUACGCUUCCUCGUUUCAAGAUUGAAUCAGAUUAUUCUCUGGUUGACGAUAUGCAGCAGUUGGGCAUUAAGCAGAUAUUCAGUGCUGGGGCUGACUUCAGUAGUCUAACUGAUGACUGGCAAGGUCUCUUUGUGACCGCCAUUCUCCACAAAGUGUUCAUUGAAGUCAACGAGAACGGCACAGAGGCGGCAGGAGCAGGUGCCGUGAUCAUUGGUCGCGGAAAUCCGCCCGCAGAUUUCAAAGCAGACCGACCAUUCUUUGCAGUGGUGUACAACAAGCAGCACAAAAUCAACAUGUUCACGGCAUAUGUGGGUGAUCCUACACAGGCAUAGGAUCCUAUCCCACCCCGCGUUGCCUGGAUAUUCACAAUAUUGGAUAUGACUCUAUGAACUUGAAACGGCAAUGUCGGAACCCGCGGUCUUUGUGCGAGCGCAAUAUUGUGGGGCCUUUCACACCAAUUAGAAAAAGCUUUCUGCACUGAUAGUGACCAAAAUGGGUGCAUAGCAUCUGGGUUUUAUCUGAUGUCAUGAUGUGGUAGGUAUUUUAUUAGGUAUUUUCUUGAAUCGUUCGACAGUUUUUGGCUGUCACCUAGCAGUUCUCUAAAGAAAAAGACGAAAUACUUAGAGUGAUGUUUUGAGUUAUUGCAUUUAUGUUUAUAAUAAAGAAUUCGUUUUAUGGUCGAUGAAAUAGUCGGUAAGCUUGAAUAGGUAAGUCAACUGGUGGGAUAUUUUAAAAGUUGUUUUGGGUUAACUCCUCAUGCUGUGAGUCUGGAUUCGAAAUACACGAAAUCCCGUAAGUGAAGCAGCUGCCUUUACUUUUUCUCUGCGGGUGCUGCUAGUAUUCUAGAGGUACUACAGCUUUCAUAAGGUCCCCAGGAAAAGGCUUGCACGCUCAUAUGAGCCCUUAGGAUAUCGCAAAAAAAUAAUUAUAACUCUUGUUCAUUUAUUUGGCAGAAGAAAUUAGAUCAAAGAGGUGAUCGAAGAAAAAUUGAACAAAACCAACAAUUUUUUAGCAAAUGGCUGUUAUGGUCGACGUGACCCAAAUAAGGUAGAAUACAUUUGUCAGUAAUAUCUGAUAUCGGCUCAGUAGUAAGUCAUCAGGAAGGAGGCAAGCCGAAAAAGCUCCGAUAAACUGUAAACUUGACAAGCGUUAUGCAAUGCAGCCACACCUGUGUGCCUGCCGAUCUGCAGUGCACGGCCGCUAGCCCACCGGCGCGCCCUUGCCCUCUGCCCUCUGAGGACCAGUGAGCCGUGAUCAGCAGCAUGAGCUAAUACACAUUAACGGAGCCCGACCGGUAUAAAAGCCUGUGCGUUCCAGACCGAGGCACCAGUUGCAUCUGCUCGGGGCUAGUCAGAUACUGCACAGAGGAGAGACACCAUGCUGAAACUGGCGGCGUUCCUGUGUCUGGCUGUGGCCGUGCUGGGCCAGCAGCAGUUCGAGCGGCGCAGGCUCGGCCAGGGCCAGCAGUUCGGACAGUCGCGCUUCGGCCGACCGCAGCUGCGCUCGCAGUUCGGUCAGCUUCCUCAGCAGCAGCAGUUCGGCCAGCUGCCGCAGCAGCAGCAGUUCGGCCAGCUGCCGCAGCAGCAGUUUGGUCAGCAGUUCCAGCCCCGCCAGCAGCUGGCCCAGCCGCUGACCCAGCAGCUGGAUCAGUCCGCUCAGCAGCUCGAUCAGCCGCUGAGACUGCAGCUGGACCAGCCACUGAGGCAGCAGCAGCAGCGUAGCGAUCCGGUGCCGAUCCUCCGUCAGAGCAACAACCAGAGCCCGGAGGGCAGCUUCCAGUACGAUUACGCGUCGGCCGACAGCAUUGAGGUCGAGGCCCAGGGAGAGCAGCGCCAGAUCGGCGACGGCGUCGGCACCGUCAUGCAGGGAUCCUACUCGUACGUCGCCCCCAACGGCGAGCUCAUCGAGGUCAGGUGGAUUGCUGACGAGAAUGGCUUCCAGCCUAUCGUUUCCCGCAGCCCCAGCCAAUAAUCGACCUCGACAGAUGUAUUCUCUUCAUAUCAACUAGAACACAACCAGCACACCAACCGAGCAGCCAUGACUGUGAACCACUCGAUGAAUUAGUGUAUUUUAGUGUCGAUGGAUUAGUGUCUUAGUGUCACUUUUCCGCUUUUUGUGAGUGUUAUUUCACGUAUAGUUUGAUCACAUGACGCGAAUGCACUUACGACUGCUUUGUAACUGCGUCUGAUGUAGCUAUGUCUUCAACUUCUGGCAAAUUUUAGACUUAACAACUCUAACGCACGUCGCACGAAAAAAGACUCUGAACUUUCUGCUAGGGUGGAUAUUUUGAGGCAAUAGUUACCUUCUGCUUUGAUGUCAUACCAUACCUGCAUCGUGUGAUAUUGUUGCAAGCUAUGAAAAUACAUGCAUGUAAACAAGCAAAUGCGAA